GUGGCACGUGUCGGUGCCAGGGGUGCGCGUGGGGGGCUGCAGCUUAAGUAUUAUUGUAUUACCGCUAAACUCGUGCGUUUUGCUGCUGUGUGAGUGGCAAGGGAAAGCUUCAGAUCUUACAUCGACUUCUGGGAACGAAUCUGAGACGUCAUGUCAGGCCGCCCUCUGCUGGUGCUGACGCUGCCGUUGCUGACGGUGCUGGCGAUCUGCCUGUAUCUGCGGCGGCGCGCUCGACACGAGGACGAGCCGCCCGAGCCGCCGCCCGACGAGUCGGCCGAGUCGGCCGAGCUGGCUGGCCAGGCGGACCAGGCGGACCAGGCCGAACAGCAGACGGAGCCGGCCGAGCAGGCCGAGCUGGCGGCCGCCCGUGACCUGGGUCAGGUCACUGCCUGGGUGCGCGACAACAUCGAGACGCGGCCAGAGCCGGCGUCACCGGCCGGCGAGCGGCGACAGGCGGCCAAGGAGUCGGCGCGUGAGCCGGAGCCGGCACGGGAGCCGGAGCCGGAGCCGGCACGGGAGCCGGCCCACGAGACAGCGCAGGAGACGGCCCACGAAGCAGCACAGGAGCCGAUACGCGAACAAGUCCAGGAGCCGGUGCAGGAGCCUGUCCAACUUUCCUGCCAACAGUCGGUACAGCAUUCGGCCGCGCCGGCCAAGACGCAGGUCACGACUGUGACGGCGCCGAGGCCCCAGACACCUGAGCCUGUUGCGGAGGAUGUGUGCGAAAAGAUCACUGAGCGUGACACCGAGGCGCCCCCUCCGGCCGGGCCGGGGAGCCUGGGCCCGGGCGGCGAUACACUCCAGCAGAUCGAGGCUGCGGUCCGCCCGUCGGACGCGCCCGCGGACCCGGACUGCGUGGUGGGCGGCGCCCGGCCCAGACAGAGUGCGCCGGUCGAGGCGCCGGGCGAGUCGCUGCAGGCGUCGACGCCGGCGGCCGAGGCCGCAGAGGUGGACGCAGGGCAGCCGGCUGCAGCCGGGCCGGGCGUGGAGCCGGCGCCGGAGCCCACUCAAAACGGACACCAAGCCGAGACGGCGGCGGACAACGCCAGCGAGAACUCGAGCGACAGCGGCAAGGGAGGCAGCUCUGCGAGCCUGGAGCACGCGUCACCUUCCAACACGCCCGAGGCGGCGGCGCCACUGCAGACCACUGUCUACGACUUCCUGAUACCGCAGAAACUGUGCGGUCGUCUGAUCGGCAAGAACGGCACGUUCGUUAACCUGCUGAAGGCCAGGACGGGCGCCAACGUCAUCAUUCGGCUUCACCCGGUCAAGUCGUCCGUUAAGAUAUGUUCAGUCGACGGUACCCAGCCGGAGAUCGACGCCUGUCUGAAGAUGAUCCGCGAGAAGUUCCCGGUGGCCAAGUUUCCGACGAUGACGCUGGAGCGGCUGAACCGGCCGGCCGAGCAGGCCCUGGCCGUGCCCGAUAGCCAGCAGCUGCACCUGCCGCAGGCGGUCACCUGCGACGUACUGGUGUCGGCGGUGGUGAGCGCCGGCCAGCUGGUGCUGCAGCAACACACGCACCCGACGUUCCGCGGCCUGGAGCGGCUCGGCGCGCUCAUGAACGCCUGCUACGGCUCGGGCGAGACGACGCCCGAGCUGCCGCGGCCUGUGCUGGCCUCGUCCAUCUGCGCGGCGCCCGUGGCCGGCGGCUGGUACCGCGCCCAGGCCGUCGCCUACUACCCGGACUCGGACGAGCUGGACGUGCGCUUCAUGGACUACGGCGGCUACAGUCGGCUGGAGGCGUGCCACGUGCGCCAGAUCCGCACCGACUUCAUGUCGCUGCCCUUCCAGGCCGAGGAGUGUUACCUGGCCAACGUGAUGCCGCUCACUGACGACGGCUGGAGCGUGGAGGCCGGCGCCGUGCUGGAGAGUCUGAUCGCCGACAGAGCGCUCGAGGCCAUGGUGGUGGGCUACGCCGAGGACGGUACCCCGUUCGUCAACCUGUACACCAUCCAGGUCACCGAGUACGGCAACUCGGCUAUCUCGCUGGUCAACCAGCAGCUGGUGGAGAGCGGCGCCGCGCGCUGGUUCGAGAACCAGGCGUAAGGCUGACCCCAGCCGGCCGGAUAACAUACCCCCCCCCCCCCCGCUCCCUCCCUCCCUCUCCCAUCCCGUGUCCCGACAUACCUAUUUUCGAUGUGCGCCCGUGUGCGGAGCCGACUGUGCGGCCGGUGCCGCCUGCGCGCGCUGCAGCCGCUCGUGAACAUGGUCCUUGGCUGUGGGUCUGGCUGGUGGGGACGCGGCGGCGGCGGGACGCGCCAGCCGCGCCGCUGGCGCGUCCGCGCGCCCCGCCUACCAUAAACCUCUUCGUAUCUUAUCUGUUGUCCGUGAUAGAGUUGCGACGUCCCCGAGUGCGCGGCCGGGUCUUGGGCCGGCGCUGGAUCUUGGGCGCGGCGCUGGAUGUUAGACGCGGCGCCCCCCACGGCAGGUGUUUUGUCAGGCUGGUGUUGUGAUGGCUUACGCGUAGCGUGUGCAGAUAUUUAGCGGACGGUCGGUCGUCGUGUUGCGCGUCGCAGGGGUCCUGGCGUUUGGAGGUGGUAGGCCAGGGCUCGCUUUGCAUUCUCGGAAGUUAAGUUGUGAAGCAAAAUGCCUCCAACGGGUACCUUGGCAAGAGGGUACCUUUUGCUGGAGUUUUCAAGCAUAGCUGGCUUACGUUGGUGGGCCAAUGAUGCGUGUGAAUGUCAUUGGGUAUAUUUUAUUGGCAACGAAGAGUUCUUCGAGCGAUGGAUUUUUGAAAUGCGAGACUGCCUAGUGGUUUCAUAAUCCUUUUUCUUCUGUCGCCUUAAAGGCGGUGGCUUUUACCUUGGAUCCAUCGAAACAAAGACAAAUACGCAGGCCGCUUCUGUCGUAUAAGCCGGAGUUGCUUUUUCAUCUAUCCUUACGUAAACCAGGCGUCCCAAUCCCCGAUAGGCCUUUGACCUCCUUUAGAGCCAAAGACAUCCAUGUAGGUGAAACAGUAGAAAUGCCGCGUGCCGGCCCGACGUCUGCGCCUGGGAAGAGUAGCGUGCUGCCGACGGCGGGAGGCGGGCCAGCCUGACUGGCGAAGGGUCGGCACGGGUACGGUGAGAGGCCCGGCAGCCAAGAAUAGUGUAUAGUGGCGGGGUAUGGGCCGCGUGGUUAGGGCGGGUGACUGUAGUCCAUACGGCGGCCGGGGUCUUCAUAGUGGCCACCGCGUAGUCCGGUUCGGUAGCUGGUUGUGGCCGCGUAGUUGGCUGGGGUUUGGCGUCUCCGGUGUCCGUCGACUCUCCCCGGCAGGAGGAUGUUUUUUUUUUUCGUUUUCCAUUUCUUAACUUGUGUGAUCGCGGAGCGGAGUCGGCCGCCUGUAACGACCUGCCGAUAAUCUUUGUAUUGCAAUCGCUGCGCGUGCGAAUGCACGAUAGAGCCAUUUGCGGUGUUGAUGCUCACUAACUGUGAAUAGGGCCACGAUUAAACAUUCGGUGACCGCAUGCACCGCGGAGCAGGGCGCGGCGGUGAGUGGUGACGUGAGGGCGCCGCGCUGCCGGCUGGUGGACCCGACAUUGCGCUCCGCGUGCGGGCGCGGCCUCGACAGCCGACCCGUGGGGCACGCUGCCAGUGCAGCCGUGCCAGCGCGGACAACUGCGGGCCUGUACAAAACCGCGUACUGUUGGUGCCCUCAGGCACAUUGUCGCACCCUGACUCGUGCAAAAAGCGCAUCGAAGCGCGCGCCGGCCGGUGUCGGCCGCGUGAGGACCCAGCUCCAGCACUGGCCGGCACCGGACGCCGCGCAGUAAAGGGAUCAUCGACCGCCUCCAGUUCACCUUCGCCGUGUGUAGCCGGCCCGCCGAGCCAACGCAUGACUCGCUGUACGUUCGUGCCCGCGGUCAAUACACUCUUUCCGACG